GUAAUCCACCCUCAUUGGCCUCCCAAAUUGCAGGGACUACAGACGUGAGCCUCUGUGCCCGGUCUGUGUUUGGUUUUCAUCAGCCUUAGCCAUUUUUGAACACUUUUUAUGGGCGAAACACUGUGAGGUAGAAGACAAAAAAAAGAAUUUGACCUCUUUUCUUGGAGGAGUCAGAGAAACCCCAAUCAUUGUGAAAAGUACAGUUUUGGAAAUGUUAGUAAGUAUUCGUGUUGCUUGAAAUACUCUCCCAGGUUGUUAACAUUGGGCCCUGCAUUGAAAAUUCCACCUGCUCUCUUGACCAAAGUUUGGUCACACAGGCUGUAUUAACAUUCUUGGUUGUAUAAAACAUCCUUAUCCUUAAUCAUGCUUACCCUUUUCCUUCUCACCAAAAGGAUUGAGAAGGAAAAUACUUAGCACAGAACUCUUUGGCGUCUCUUAAUUUCUCUCAGUGAGAAUCUUUAGUUACCUUUUCCAGUAUCUUUUUGCUACAUCUUGUAAGCUUCUUAAGGAUAGGGUCUAAAUCUUCAGAUAUCGGGUACAUUUUUACUUUUAUAAUUAUUUCUCCCAGAUGUGGUCUGGAAUAAAUCAUCUCGAGCUCUGACGGCACGGGAAUUUGAAAUUAUUUUUUCAGAUAGUCACAGCUACUAGAAGGUCUUUUAAACCACAGGUAUUAAUUUCCUUACUGCUUUUCUCUCCCUUGCUCCUUGCCCUCUCCUCUUGCCCUCACCCCCUCAUCCGGUGUUUCAUACUCAGCAAGCAGAGGGAAGGUAGCUCACCCUCCAAGAAAAGAGGUCUUGUGUCCGACUGAAAGGCCACGGCUUUGGGAGCAGAACAUCAGAGCCGGAAGGUGCCAAGUUUCCUGUUCCUUGGAACAACAAACCAUUUAAUCUUCAGAGCAACUUAGACUAAAAAACUUUCAACUGUGCUGAAAAACCUAGAAGACAGACCAUUUUUCCCACCCUCUCAUUUAAAAGGAAUUGAAGAAGACAUAAAAUGGCAGAGGUUUAAGGUUACUAUUCAGGAUGACUGAUGAUAAUUCAGAUGGUAAAAUAGAAGAUGAAUUGCAAACCUUCUUUACCAGUGAUGAAGAUGGAAAUACUCAUGCAUACAACCCAAAAUCACCACCUACACAAAACUCCUCAGCCAGCAGUGUGGAUUGGAAUUCUGCCAACCCAGAUGACAUGGUGGUUGAUUAUGAAACUAACCCUGCUGUGGUUACUGGUGAAAAUAUUUCUUUAAGCCUUCAGGGUGUUGAAGUAUUUGAUCGUGAAAAGUCUUCUAGUGAUUUCUUUAGCAAGCAGGUGUUAGAUAUGCAUAAAGAUUCCAUUUGUCAGUCUCCUGCACUUGUAGGUACCGAGAAGCCCAAAUAUCUGCAACACAGUUGUCAUUCCCUAGAAGCAGUUCAGGGCCAGAGUGUUGAGCCAUCUUUGCCUUUUGUGUGGAAGCCUAAUGACGAUUUGAACUGUACAGGCUUCUCUGCUUCCUUGGAACUAAACCAGACAUUUGAUAUGACAGUGGAUAAAGUUAACUGCACCUUUAUAUCACGUCAUGCCAUCGGAAAGAGUCAGUCCUUCCACACCACUGGAAGCCUGCCACCAGCUGGUAGGAGAAGUGGAAAUACAUCUUCUUUAUCCUAUUCCACUUGGACAUCUUCCCAUUCUGAUAAGAUGCAUGCAAGAGAAACUACUUACGACAGAGAAAGCUUUGAAAACCCUCAAGCCACACCAUCAGAAGCCCAAGACAUGACUUACACAGCGUUUUCUGAUGUGGUGAUGCAAAGUGAGGUUUUUGUUUCAGAUAUUGGAAAUCGGUGUCCAUGUUCUUCAGGAAAGGUCACCAGUGAGUACACAGAUGGAUCACAGCAAGGACUAGUUGGAGAAAAAGAGACACAAGCUCUAACACCAGUUUCUCAUGGCAUGGAAGUCCCCAAUGGUUCUGCCUUACAAGAGUUCUUUUGUUUAUCCCAAGAUGAAUCCAAUAGCGAACCACAUUCACAGAGCUCAUACAGGCAAAAGGAAAUGGGCCAAAAUCUGAGAGAGACAGUGUCCCAUUGUCUUAUUGAUGAUGAAUGCCCUUUAAUGGUGCCAGCUUUUGAUAAAAGCGAAGCCCAAGUGCUGAACCCAGAGCAUAAAGUCACUGAGACUGAAGACACACAAAUGGCCUCCAAAGGAAAGGAUUUGGAAACCCAAAAUCGUACCUCAGAAUUGAUGCUAAGUAGCCCCCCAGGACAAAAGGUGGGCUUGUCAUGUGGACUGACCUGGGAUGCAAAUGAUAUGGUCAUUAGCACAGACAGCACGAUAUGCAUGUCAACACCAGUCCUAGAACCCACAAAAGUAACCUUUUCUGUUUCACCGAUUGAAGCAACCGAGAAAUCUAAGAAAGUCGAGAAGAGUAAUCGAGGGCUUAAAAACAUACCAAACUCGAAGGAGGCACCUGUGAACCUGUGUAAACCUAGUUUAGGAAAAUCAGCAACCAAAACGAAUACCCCAAUAGGUUGCAAAGUUAGAAAAACGGAAAUUAUAAGUUACCCAAGACCAAACUUCAAGAAUGUCAAAGCAAAAGUUAUGUCUAGACCAGUGUUGCAGUCCAGAGAUGCUGCUUUAUCUAAGGUCACACCCAGACCUCAGCUGACCAGUGCCUCAUCACCCUCAUCAGUGGUUUCCUCAAGACAGCCAACAGUCUUGAGCAGAACACCAAGAGCUGACUUGAAUGCAGACAAAAAAGCAGAAAUUCUAAUUAACAAGACGCAUAAGCAGCAGUUUAAUAAACUCAUUACUGGCCAGGCUGUGCAUGUUACAACUCAUGCUAAAAAUGCUUCACACAGGGUUCCAAGAACAACAUCUGCCGUGAAAUCGAAUCAGGAGGAUGUUGACAAAGCCAGUUCUUCUAACUCAGCAUGUGAGACCGGGUCCGUUUCUGCGUUGUUUCAGAAGAUCAAAGGCAUACUCCCUGUUAAAAUGGAAAGUGCAGAAUGUUUGGAAAUGACAUACGUUCCCCACAUUGAUAGGAAUAGCCCUGAAAAGAAGGGUGAAAAAGAAAAUGGGACGUCUAUGGAAAAACAAGAGCUGAAACCAGAGAUUAUGAAUGAGACUUUUGAAUAUAGUUCUCUGUUUUUGGGCUCUGCUUCAAAAACGACGACCACCUCAGGCAGGAAUAUAUCCAAGCCUGACUCCUGCGGUUUGAGGCAAAUAGCUGCACCAAAAGCCAAAGUGGGGCCCCCUGUUUCCUGUUUGAGGCGGAACAGCGACAGUAGAAAUCUCAGUGCUGAUCGAGCCGUCUCUCCUCAGAGGAUCAGGCGUGUGUCCAGUUCUGGAAAACCUGCAUCCUUGAAAACUGCACAGUCGUCAUGGGUGAAUUUGUCUAGACCACUUCCUAAAUCCAAAGCAUCUUUGAAAAGUUCUGCGCUGCGGAGGACAGGAAGCACCCCCUCAAUAGCCAGCACCCACAGUGAGCUGAGCACUUACAGCAACAAUUCUGGUAAUGCCGCUGUCAUCAAAUAUGAGGAGAAACCUCCAAAACCAGCAUUUCAAAAUGGUUCCUCAGGAUCCUUUUAUUUGAAGCCUUUGGUAUCCAGGGCUCAUGUUCACUUGCUGAAAACUCCUCCAAAAGGUCCUUCGAGAAAAAAUUUAUUUACAGCUCUUAAUGCAGUUGAAAAGAGCAGGCAGAAGAAUCCCCGAAGCUUAUGUAUCCAGACGCAGACGGCUCCCGAUGCACUGCCCUCUGAGAAAACACGUGAAUUGGCGCAAUAUAAAACAAAAUGUGAAAACCAAAGUGGAUUUAUCCUGCAGCUCAAGCAGCUUCUUGCCUGUGGUAAUACCAAGUUUGAGGCGUUGACAGUUGUGAUUCAGCACCUGCUGUCUGAGCGGGAGGAAGCGCUGAAACAACACAAAACCCUAUCUCAAGAACUUGUUAACCUCCGGGGAGAGCUAGUCACUGCUUCAAGCACCUGUGAGAAAUUAGAAAAAGCCAGGAAUGAGUUACAAACAGCGUAUGAAGCAUUUAUCCAGCAGCACCAGGCUGAAAAAACAGAACGAGAGAAUCGGCUUAAGGAAUUUUACACCAGGGAGUAUGAAAAGCUUCGGGACACUUACGUUGAAGAAGCAGAGAAGUACAAAAUGCAACUGCAAGAGCAGUUUGACAACUUAAAUGCUGCCCAUGAAACCUCUAAGUUGGAAAUUGAAGCUAGCCACUCGGAGAAAGUUGAAUUGCUCAAGAAGGCCUAUGAAGCCUCCCUUUCAGAAAUUAAGAAAGGCCAUGAAAUAGAAAAGAAAUCACUUGAAGAUUUACUUUCUGAGAAGCAGGAAUCGCUAGAGAAGCAAAUCAGUGAUCUGAAGAGUGAAAAUGAUGCUUUAAAUGAAAAACUGAAAUCAGAAGAACAAAAAAGAAUAGCAAGAGAGAAAGCAAAUUUAAAAAAUCCUCAGAUCAUGUAUCUGGAACAGGAGUUAGAAAGCCUGAAAGCUGUGUUGGAGAUCAAGAAUGAGAAACUGCACCAACAGGACAUCAAGUUAAUGAAAAUGGAGAAACUGGUGGACAACAACACAGCAUUGGUUGACAAAUUGAAGCGAUUCCAGCAGGAGAAUGAAGAAUUAAAAGCUCGGAUGGACAAGCACAUGGAAAUUUCAAGGCAACUUUCCACGGAGCAGGCUGUUCUGCAAGAGUCUCUAGAGAAGGAGUCGAAAGUCAACAAGCGACUCUCCAUGGAAAACGAGGAGCUUCUGUGGAAGCUGCACAAUGGGGACCUGUGUAGCCCCAAGAGAUCCCCCACGUCCUCUGCCAUCCCUUUCCAGUCACCAAGGAAUUCGGGCUCUUUCCCCAGCCCCAGCAUUUCACCCAGAUGAUGCCUCCCCCAAAGUCCACAGACUCGCUGAAAGCAUUUUGAUACAGGUCUGCAGGACUGACCCCAAUGAGGAACGUGGGCACAGAGGUAUAUCAGCACACGUGUGAUCACCGUAGGAUAACUGGAGCGUCACCGCCGCCGGAAUCAGCAGCUUCUGAGACUGGAACUCUGGAGGAAGACUUUUGCUUCCAUCCAAAAGAUUCCUCCAAAAAAAGAUUUCGGCAUCGACACGGACGUUGUUGCACAAAGCACUUAAAGAACGAGAGCAUCUUGUUCAUUGCCUUUUUCACCUAAGCAUAGGGGGAAAAACUCUCAGGGGCCUAUUAAGAUAAAGAUUUAUAACCUUUGUAAUGUCCUUCUCCACAGACACCUUCUUGUGAGCUUUUAGUCUGACUGUGGGGGUGGGGGGGUGUGAAUGAAAUGGAUGUCACAGAGUGUCAUGUGUCUGAUGCAGCCGCCUCUGCUGUGUAUUAAAUGUCAAAAUCUGAAUAUAUCUGGAUAUGUACUAAUCAAAUAAUCAGCAUAUACAUUUCAGCCAAAGCCAUAGAAGAAAAAGCAAUAGUUGCUUGAAUUAUGAUCAUCUACCACCAACUCUGCUCAGCCCUGUAACAGGGCAGGGAGAGGGUAUAACAGGGAAAGCUGUGACUUGUCCCUAUCUAUCUAUACAUUCUCUGUACCUUUUGGGGGUAACUUCUUGGCAGUUUUUCAGUGUUCAGCCAUGUCAGUGGAAACUAGAUUUUUCUGUAGAGUUUUUACUUACUUACCCAUGUGAGCCUAACACUAUCCUGUUAUUCGUUUUCUCAGGCUAGUGUAAAUGUAGAAUCCUAAUUUUUCUAUUAAAAAAAAAAAAAACUGUAAAAAGAAAAAGGGCAGUACCAAUGCGUUUUUCCACCUUAUUUUUACCUUGAUCUAUCCUUGCAGAUUUAACCUGUCUUCUUCUCUCCCAUUAUUUUCAUUUUCCUUUUACCUUUCUCCACCAUCCAGAGCCACAAAAGCAAACCUUCUACCUCCUACGUACGUUUCUCUGGGAUAAGGAUAAAGGAAUAUGAUUUUCCAGAGCCCCAGAGCCAGCUCAUCUUCCAGGUGCUGAAACCACUUUCCAAAUAAACUAAAGCCUGGAUUUGACACUACAGAUUUUGGGAAAUCUUAGAAUAAAGAAUGAGAAAAAGGAAGUCAUUGGGCUAGUAUACUUAAGAAAGGUAGGAUUCAGUGCUUACCGAUGAUGCAGUAUUUGAUAGAAGAAAACAGUCUGGGAGGAUCACACUCCUUUUUCAGGUUCCCUUUGAGGAGUCCCUCUGUCUUUAGUAGCAGAAUGGCCCGCUGACGAGCGGAAAAUGUGGCUUGUCCAACUCUCCUCCAAGUUGCGUUUCAGUUUCUUUCCAAAACUUAUUACCUCCCUAACUAACUGUGAGACUUUGGAAAAGGUGGAAGGAAGAAAGAACUGUUGCUUUAUCUCCUACUCCCUGCAUGUGUCAACAUUGUGAUGUCAGUAUUUACUAAUCAACCUUCAGUGGCUGUACAAAUAACCGCUGUAGGAAGAAGAGAUCCAGGAUACUAGAGGUGGAUAUUUGGGUCAUUUACUUUGUACACUACAUAGCAAGUUGAUACUCACAUUGCAUGUUCUUUUAAAUUAGUGGCUGUGUGUCUUAAGUCUUUAACUUCCAAUAGUUUAUCAUGUAUGUAACCUUCCAUGUUUGCUUCUGAUAAAUGGAAAUGUAGAGUCACUGCCACUUCCUGGGAUAUUUCUGCUCACGCUUCCAAGUUCUCAAUGACAUUAGCCAAAGUUGGGUUUGCCAUUCAUCCCCUACACAUGGUAAAUCUUGUGUUGUUCCCUGCCAUCCUCCGUAUUAUGUGACUGGGAAAUAAAUCUCAUAGCAGUUAAUAUAAGACGUCUUCCGAGGAUGGCAGAGAACAGGAGAGAAGAUAGGAAACAAAAUAGAGAAUUUUUAAGAUUUUGUUUAAACCAAAUGUUUCAUGUAGAAUGCAAAAUGUUGGCACGUCAAAAAUAUGGAUGUGUAGACAACUGUAGUUGUGCUCAGUUUGUAGUGAUGGAAAGUGUAUUUUACUUUGAUCAAAUAAAUAAUGCUGGAAUACUCAA